AUGAACGGGGACAACUACUCCUCGAGAGACACGGGCCGCUCUAGAGAGCACCACGGUUCUCGAUACGACCGAGAUGAACGCAGAGACCGCGACCGGGAACGGAACCGGGAUCGCGGCGAGCGGAGGCGUUCAAGAUCUCCCCAUCACCGCUCAUCGCGACGCGAGUACGAAGCAGACUCUUAUUCUUCGAGUCGAGACUACCGGGCGCGCGAAAGGGAAGACAGACACGGCGGCGGCACCAGGCGAGAUGAUCGGGAUUGGGACAGAGACAGAGGCCCGAGACGCCGCGACGAGGACCGGCCACCCAGGAGAGACCGCGAUUUGUUCGAUGAUCGCAGAGGAGGAGGCAAUCGCGACCGUGAUCGGACCGGGCGAGAAGACCGCGACGAGUUCGCUGCGCAAGCCCGCGGCCGCAAGAACAGUCCUCCGCCCAAGAAGAGGGAGCCCACCCCCGAUCUGACAGACAUCGUUCCAAUAUUGGAGCGCAAGAGGAGGAUGACGCAGUGGGAUAUUAAACCGCCGGGCUACGAGAACGUCACGGCCGAGCAAGCAAAGAUGUCCGGCAUGUUCCCACUGCCAGGCGCCCCUCGACAACAGCAGAUGGACCCAAGCCGGUUACAAGCCUUCAUGAAUCAACCCUCUGGCGGCGCGACCUCUACUGCGUUACGGCCCUCUAAUGCGCGCCAGUCACGGCGGUUGUUCGUCCACAACCUGCCGGCAUCCGUCACCGAGGAAAGCCUGUUGGCUUUCUUCAACCUCCAGCUCAACGGUCUGAAUGUCGUCAAAGGCAACGAUCCGUGCGCCCAAGCAAACAUCGCCGAGGAUAGGAGCUUCGCGCUGGUGGAGUUCAAGCAGCCUUCUGAUGCGACAGUCGCAUUGGCCAUGGAUGGAAUCACCAUGGAAGAGCACCAUUCAGAGCUGAACGGCAAUGGGACUGCGACUCCCAAGGGGCUGGAGAUUCGACGGCCCAAGGAUUACAUCGUCCCAUCAGCGGACGAGGAUGCAUACACAGAUGGCGAGAUCUCCACCGAGGUUCCCGACACUGCAAAUAAACUAGCCAUCACCAAUCUCCCGCCGUUCUUGACAGAUGAUCAGGUCAUUGAGUUGCUCAAAGCAUUCGGAGAACUACGAGCAUUUGUACUAGUGCGGGAUAGUGAUGCGCAGGAAUCAAGAGGCAUCGCUUUCUGUGAAUAUGCAGAUCCGUCCGUCGCUGCCGUUGCAAUUGAGGGGCUCAAUGGCAUGGACCUGGCCGGCAACGCCAUCAAAGUCACCCGUGCCAGUAUUGGAUACACACAAGCUGCUGGGCUUGAAAUGGGCGUUAAUGCCAUGUCCAUGUUCGCCGGAACCACGGCUGAAAACUUGGAGGACGGACGAGUCCUACAACUAUUGAACAUGGUCACGCCCGAGGAACUUAUUGACAAUGAUGAUUAUGAAGAAAUCUGCGAAGAUGUAAUGGAAGAAUGCCAAAAGUACGGCACGAUCCUGGCUAUGAAGAUCCCGCGUCCAUCCAUGGGAAGUCGGCAGUCGGCCGGCGUGGGCAAGAUCUUUAUCAAGUACGAAGAGCCCGAAUCUGCGAAGAAGGCCCUGCAAGCACUUGCCGGACGCAAGUUUGCCGACAGGACCGUUGUGACUACGUAUUUCGACGAGGUAUGCUAUUCUCUGUCAUUUCUCAUGGUGGAGAAGCCAGUGCUAACCGACGGUGAACUUGUAGGCGAGUUUCGAUGUAAAUGCUUGGUGAUCCUGCCCCUAGCUCCGUACUCAACCAUGAUCCAACCAUAG